AUGUCUAAAUUCGCUGUUCUUUUAGCUACCUUCGCUUCCGUUUCCAUGGUCUCAGCCUUAGAUGAGGCCCAACAGACUGCCGAACUACAAGCUAUUAUCGAGGAUAUUAACUCCAAUCUCUCUGACUAUUUAGGACUUGAGACCGGUAACUCUGGUUUCACAAUUCCUCCAGCUGUCUUGAGAGUUUAUCAACAAGUUAUGACCUACACCGAUGAUUCUUAUACUUCUUUAUUCACUGCUUUAGAUUUUGAUGCUAUUACUGAAACUAUCACCAACUUGCCAUGGUAUUCUUCAAGAUUAUUACCAGCUAUUGAAAGGGCAGUUCCAACCUCAUCCGCCAGGGCUUCUACUACAUCUGAAGCUGCCAGGAGCUCAAGUACCGCUGCUGCUUCUUCUUCUGCUGCUGCUUCUUCUUCUGUUGCUGCUACCUCCUCUGCUGCUGCUUCAACCAGAGCAUCCUCAUCUGCAACUGCAGCUACCUCUUCCGCUACAGCCAAUGCUGUUUCCGAAAUUACAGAUGGUCAAGCUCAAGCUACCCGAACUGUUUCCCAACAAAGUACAAAUGGUGCCGGUAAACUAGGCUCCUUCGGUGUUGGUGCUGCUGUUGCCGGUGCUGCUGCCUUGUUGUUAUAA